GACGAACGGCUAGCGACAUACUGGUAUAGUAGCUAGUUGACACCCAUCUCCUUCACCCUUCUACGGUUUCAUACCUUAUCUUUCUGCACAGUUCAGUAAUCUCAUCCAUAUUCACGCUGCGAUAGUCUUUAUCUGCGUGAUACACGUUUUUCCUUUUCAAAGCACCGCCUUGACGACAACACCACAACAUGGCAAGGGACAGACUGGCUGCGUUGAGAGCUCAACAACAGGGCAGCAAUGCUUCCACUAACUCAUACCCCACGCAGUCGUCGGCUGGGUAUCAGAGUCGCAGAGCGGCAAACCCUUUUGCACAACAGGAUGAUCAUGCCUAUGAAAUGGCAGAAGUCAAGGAGUCGAGUACGACGAACUUGACUGCGGAUAUGGGCGACAGCAUGUCUGCUUUUUAUGCAGAGAUAUCGUCCCUUCAAGAUAGUAUCAAAACUUUCAACGAAAAUAUCUCUAGCAUCGACGAGCUUCAUUCACGUUCGCUUAACAACACGGAUGAUGCUGCUGCGCAGCGAAAUGCCGCUCAACUGGACGAGCUUGUGGAGGACACCAGUGCUUUAAGUGCGACGCUUAAGCGUCGGGUCAAGGCGCUGGAAAAACAAAGUGGAAGUGGGCGGGAUGGACAGAUACGCAAACAGCAGACUGCCUUGGUGAAGUCAAAAUUUGUUGACGCAAUCCAAAAUUACCAAGGGGUGGAACAACAAUACCGACAGAAGUACAAGCAGAGAAUGGAGAGGCAGUUUAAAAUCGUAAAACCGGAUGCCUCACCAGAAGAAAUUAUGGCUGUUGUGAAUGAUGAGAGUGGCGGACAAAUCUUCAGUCAAGCUUUGAUGAACUCCAAUAGAUACGGUGAAUCACGAGCAGCAUACCGAGAGGUACAAGAAAGACAUGAAGACAUAAAACGUAUUGAGCGGACGCUCGGUGAAUUGGCCCAACUGUUUAACGAUAUGAGCGUCCUUGUUGAACAACAGGAUGAGACUAUCAAUGUUAUUGAAGCUACCACAGGUGCGGUUGAGAAGGAUACAGAAGUUGGCCUUGGAUAUACAGAAAAAGCUGUUGAUUCUGCCCGUUCUGCCCGUAAAAAGCGCUGGAUCUGCUUCAUUCUCGUACUGGUUAUCCUCAUCAUUGUUGCCAUUGUUGUCGCUGUACUCGUAACCAACGCGAAGAAAACGACGUCUUCUAAUUAAGAAUAUCCCGUUCGUUGGUGAUAUAGUCUCCAGUUUGCGAGACGUUGUUUUGCAUCUAUCUAUUAUGUUUUCAAUUUUUUUCCUCAUUAAACGUCACGGACUACUUUGUUUCCUAUUUGGCUCGAUCGGUACCUCCACACACUCCUUUGAAUUUGUUUAAUUUUCUCCAUUGAACAUGCUAGUAGAUGUCCCCCCCUUCCACGUCUAGGUCUUUUGCCAUUUUCACAUUCAAAUGAUAUCAUCUACCCUUAAUUCCUGUAGUAGGCAUCGUCCUCGGGUAAUGCUAUCCAUAAACCCAUGGACAGGGAUAAUAUACCCAUGGAUAGGAGAACUGCACUUGAAGUGGUCUCAGCACGCAUUCAAUGAAAUAAGUAGAUUGCAUAUUUUCUCGAUAUCAAGGACCUGCACAAUAAGUUACAAACGGUAUAAUAUAAAUAAUUAUUUGCCUCUAGGCGCGCUUGGUGGUCUUUGACUUUGACUUGGUCGGGUGUAACGCGUUGAUGAGCUUGAAGGAGAAGAGCGCGAUGAGAGAAACUGUGGUAUAUAUUCCAAUGCGGACUCCAAAUGUAUUCUCGGUGAGGAAAGGGUAGGGAAAAUCCGUUAUAGCUUGCACAGUAUUCUACCCAGCAUGCAUACCAAGUCCCUGAAACAAUAACAGCAAGGGGGGCUCCGAAGCGAACCUGACC